GCUGCGGGCUCCAUCGGUGGGGAUGGGACGGGGGUCCCCGAGGUGGUUGUGCCCUUCGGAGGAGACUUCGCUGCUCUUCGCCCUCUGCUUGUGGUGGCCGCGGCACGUCCUGCCCUUCCCACAGGGAUUGACCCGCUGCGAUGCAGCCGGUCGAGGACACCAACCCCAACCACACAAGUCCCCAGGAUAGCUCGUCUAGUGGGGACCACUGGAGUAGUUGGUACCCGCGGGUGAUGCUGUGCCUGGAGUCACCCACUGCCACCAGUCCUUCACACACGGUGGUCCUGGCUGGUUUGCACUCGGGGCAGGGUUGUUUGGCACAGCAGCUCCAAGCAGCCUUGCCCAUCCCCGGGGAGCUGCGGGGAUGCUGUGGGAGCGGCGCUGGGCGGUGGUGACAGACGCUGCCGGACGGGCUCGGGCGCUUCAGCUUCGCUGUGUGCGGCGCUGAGCUGUCGCCAGGUUCCUUCAGCACAGCGAUGCUGCUGCUGCUGCUGGGACCCGGGGCUGGAGAGGCCGGAUGGAAGGUGUUUGUCACCCAGGCAUGGCACGGAGGGCACAGAGCUGCUUGUGAAUCCAUCUGGGAAAGAGACUUCAGUGCUGGUCCCACAGGGACUGACACUAGCCCAUCCAGUGCCCUGACUCUUGCCCUUGGAGGAAGCCAGUCAUGGGGGAAACAGGCAAAGAAGAAUAUAAAAUACAGUCAUUUGAUGCCGAGACACAGAAGCUGCUGAAAACAGCCCUCAAAGACCCCAGCAACGUGGACCUGGAGAAAGUGGCCAAUAUCAUAGUGGACCAGUCCCUCAAAGACUGUGUGUUCAGCAAGGAGGCAGGGCGCAUCUGCUACACCAUCAUCCAGGCAGAGAGCAAACAAGUUGGGCAGAGCAUCUUCCGGAGGAGCCUGCUGAACCGGCUGCAGCAGGAGUACAAGGACCGGGAGGAGCUGCGCACCCGCUCGCUCCAGGCCUGGAUCUGCUACGUCACCUUCAUCUGCAACAUCUUCGACUACCUGAGGGUGAACAACAUGCCUAUGAUGGCUCUGGUGAACCCUGUUUAUGACUGUCUGUUCCGGCUGGCACAGCCCGACAGCCUGUGCAAGGAGGAAGAGGUGGACUGCUUGGUUCUACAGCUCCACCGCAUCGGCGAGCAGCUGGAGAAGAUGAACUCCCAGCGGAUGGAUGAGCUCUUCUCCCUCCUCCGGGAUGGUUUCCUCCUGCAGGAGGGGCUCAGCUCCCUGUCCCAGCUCCUGCUGCUGGAGAUCAUCGAGUUCCGAGCUGCCGACUGGAAGAUGACGGAUGCUGCCCAGAAGUACUAUUACAGCGAAGUGACAGAUUAAGCUCUGCAGCAGAGGGGAGAUGUCCCCAGCACCUUCACCAGCAAGCUUCAUACCAAGUUUGAGUUUCCUUUCACAUUAAUGUUCUUCUAGCACUUCCUAUAAAUAGGGCUUCUAUUGGGUAGAGCCUCUGGGCACUCUGUCAGGCUGCAACUGGCACUAACCUGACUUCGGAGGUUGGGAGAGGUGGGAAGGGCACAUUUAACCCAGGAGCUCUCCCAUUGAUUUUGGCUGACAUUGGGCUGCUGCCAGCAAAGGGCAAGCUUUGAGUUUCUAGCUCAAACCAGCAUUUUGUGAGUGUUAAAAGCACAAUUUAGGCUGAGGACAUUUUGGUUUAUCCAAGGGCUGUGGGAAGCAGAGGGGAAAUCAAUCCCAGCUCAGGUUGUACCCGGUUCUCCGGGACAAGUCACACAAAACACCGUGGCCUCACAAACAGCUCAACCAAGUGCUAUUUUUCCCAGGCUCCUUCCAGCACCUGCAUGCACACAGCCACGAGUACCUGCCACAGGGCUCUAGUAGCUGGUUCUAGAGAACCCAACUACUCACGUGUAGUUCUUUACUACAUGCGCAGGUCCCUGAGCACAUGUGGCCAGGCACAGGUUUUGUAAGUUUUAUACAACUGUCCUGUUUUAUCCAACUUUAGGGAAUUUCAACUCUGGAAUGUUUCUUACAAUAGAAGAAAAGAAACAAAAUAGUCUAUUGAAGGAUUUUUUCUAAUAAAAGUUUUCCACUAACA